AUGGUUCAAAAAAUUAAGCCUGUUCCAGCAUCUCCAAUUGCUUCAAAAAUUGAAAUUGCUACACAAACUCCAGUGGUCUUGAAGGAGCCAAACCAUAAGAUUACUAAAAGCACAAGGUCAGGGCUGAUCUUCCCAGUUGCAAGAAUUCAAAAUAACAUAAAAAAGGGCAGGAUUGCAGACAAGGUAUCUUUGAAUGGAUCAGUCUUUAUGAGUGCUGUGCUUGAGUAUCUUACUGCAGAAGUCCUAGAAAUAUUGCAUUGCGUUAAGUGUUUAGGUGUCUAAGGGACAAAGCCAAAAUGCUGACUUCACGAACAUUUCUAUCCAAAGUGUUGGACAAUCCCAAAUAAACUGCCUACAACCUGAUAGGCGUCUCUCAUCUGAUGCGAUGAUGAUGUCGCCUUGUCUCACUCAGUUCCUGCACGGGUUCCGCCUAAGGGUUAUCCUCCUCGGAUGUGCUGAGUGGCAAAACUCUGAGUCUCUUGAUUGAACUGUGGAGCAGUUCCUUUCGUUAUCCCUAAAUUUAAACCACCUAUUGCAGAGCAGAAGUUCUCUAGGCAAAAUCAAGUCCCAUAAUUAAAAAUUGCAUGAAGAAGAGAAAAUUAGCAGAACUAAUUUCUCUCAAACCGAAUGCCAUUUUAUUUAUAUACUUCCUAGAAACAGCUGGAGAUAAGUGUUUGGAAAGAAAUAAAGGAAAAAGAAGAAUGAUUCAGCCUCGAGAUAUUUGUCUAGCUAUAAAAGAUGACGACGAACUUAAUCAGGUCGUAAGCAAAGAUGCUGUGAUUCCUGGAGGUGGAGUAAUCCCUUAUAUUCGUGAAGAGAUGAAAAAUAAAAAAAAAUUAAAGAAAAACAAAGCCCAAGAAGUUGUCACUUGUGAGGCGUAA